AGUCACAUGCACAGCUGAAUGUGUGUGGUCAGGCUCCUCUUAACACCAGGAUAGUGGGGGGAGAGAACGCACCCCCGGGCAGUUGGCCCUGGCAGGCUAAUCUGCUGCAGACUUUUCCGACAUAUCAGAUCAUGUGUGGAGGAUCCCUCAUUAACAGUAAGUGGGUGCUCUCUGCUGCCCACUGCUUCUCCAGCACAAAUACAGCCAACUGGAAUGUUUAUCUGGGGCGUCAGGAACUGUCUGGUACAAACCCAAAUGAACAAGUCAGAACCCUCAGUAGCAUCUUUCCUCAUCCACUAUACAACAGUAGUACACAUGACAAUGACCUCGCUCUGCUGGAACUCAGCACCACUGUGACUUUUUCCGACUUCAUUCGGCCCAUUUGCCUGGCAGCCAGCAGCAGCACCUUCUACAAUGGCACUGAGACCUGGGUCACUGGCUGGGGAAAUUUUAAGUAUAAUGUGCCUCUCCCUUCACCUGCCACCCUACAGGAAUUGGAGGUACUAAUAGUUGGAAACAAUAAGUGUAAUUGUCUGUAUGGGGGGAGCAUCAUCACAACCAACAUGAUCUGUGCUGGUGUGCUAGCUGGAGGAAAGGGCUCAUGUCAGGGAGACUCAGGAGGCCCCCUGGUGGUCAAACAGGGGUCUGUUUGGAUCCAGGCUGGGAUUGUGAGUUUUGGCUAUAAAUGCGCCGAGCCCAAUUACCCUGGGGUCUACACCAGGGUGUCUCCUUAUCAGACCUGGAUCAAUUCCAUUAUCAUCACCAAGCAAACAGGAUUUGUGACAUAUACAUCCAGUGGGAAAAACAGUGACAGCAGCACCUCCUGCAGUUCAUCACCGUCCAUUACCAUAACUCCAAGCACUCCCACCACCACAACCACCACUGCCAAGCCGGUUGUAUGUGGUCUCGCCCCACUGAACAAUGGCGGCAGCAGUGGGUUGGUAGCAGCAGGGAUGUGGCCCUGGCAGGUCAGCCUGCAGAUGAAUGGGGUCCAAGUCUGUGGGGGCACUCUCAUUACACAGACAUACGUCAUGAGUGCAGCCCAGUGCUUCAACAGCUCACAGCUCAACAGCAGCCAGUGGACAGUGGUUCUGGGUAUGAGUAUGUCACUAGCGGUGUCCAGCAUCACCCUUAGCAACCAGCCGGGUAACAACAUCGCUGUGCUCUACCUGGCUACAAGUGUGACCUUGACCGACUACAUCCAGCCCCUGUGCCUGGACUUGGGCAAUGCUGUCUUCCCCAGUGGGACACAGUGUUGGGUGACAGGAUGGAGAAGCACCCAGAGCGGAGUCCCAAAUAUUCAGCAGCAGAAUACAACAGUGGUAAAUUGUGGGAGCAGCGCAUCUUCCUCAAGUAUCUGUAUUACAGCUGUGACAUUGCAGCAGGGUGAUGCAGGUGACCCAUUACUCUGUAAACAGGGAAACACCUGGUUCCAGGCCGCAGUGAUAAUGACCAACACCUCCAGCACCAGCAGAGCCACCUCUUCCCAGAUAAUGACCCUAACUAAGGUGUCUCAGUUCACUGCUUUCCUCCAGAGUACUAUUAGCAAUCUCCCCACCAGCUCUGCUGCAGCAAGUCACAUCAGCACCAUCAUCCCUUUCCUUCUGCCUCUCCUCUCUAUCCUCACCCCACUCUAAUCCAUCACCAUUCUGUCCAGCUGAACCCAAUGACACAGUUAACUUGGAUCUUACAAUAGGGGACAUGCUGUAUACAGUAUGGAUUAAUAUGAGAAAUAUUCGUACUCAGUCACUUGAAAAUAGACAGUUCAACUUACUUCACUUUCACUUAAAAUGUCUGUAUGUAACCCUAAAUGUUACACAUGAAAAUGUAAAAAUGCCAUCAGGAUCCUCUUCCUGUGAAGAAAUCUGAAAGAUGUUCUGUGUUGAGAA